ACCAUAUGAAGUUGUCGGCUCCGACUUCAACUGGAUAUCAAGUGCUGCUGCAAAGAUCGCACUUGCUGCGGUAGCCCAUACGCCUGCGCCAGUAUUGUCGUCUUCUUCAACUGUGAGGGAGCGCAAUACCAAGCAGCCCACUGCACCAGUCUGCGAUAAUGUAGCAUAUUUAUUACAUGUUUCGCUUGGUCACCUGCGCCGAUAAAGAGACAUUUUCAGCUUUUGCGCAUUUAUUCCUUUGUACUAAACCGUUCUCUAAAUGGAUCAAAAGUGCAUGAGGAAGUUUUGAAGUGGAGGUGAACAGUUGAUAAAUGAAGACUGGAUCAACUGUAUUGUGGUACAGACCUGAUCGCCACUGUCUAAUUUGCAAUGGAAGAGACCUCUGAUAAUUCUCCUGGAUCGUUGGCUAGCGAUGACCGUUAUAUGUUGGCGAAACACACAGCUGUCUACCCAUCAGCUGAAGAGCUGGAGGCUGUCCAAUCCCUGGUGUCAGUUGUGGAGGGCGGACUUAAGCAUGUGUCUGACUGGCUAAGUAAUUCCGCCAAAGCCAGUUCCGUUAUACCUGCAGACCCUGCAGAACCCAGCCCAAAGUGUGGUGGGCCACUGGUUGGUGUGGUACGUGUUGGAUCAGUGUCCAAGGGCCUCCUCAUCAAGGGGAUGAUGGACUUGGAGCUGGUGUUGCUGUGUCGAGAGAAGCCCACCAGAAAGCUGCUUCUAACCAUCUGUACCAACCUGCCCCUACAGCUGCAGAAACUGACGGAGGACAGACACACGGUGCAGCCAUGCAUUCCAGAGGCAGCUAUUCUCGUAUUCAAAAGCAGCAGACCUGAUGUGCUUCUCAGGGUCACUCUCACCUCAAUGCAGAUGAAAAACAAGGAGCCAGAGAAAGGCCAAGUGGAAAACACAAAAGUGAAAGAUCCAUCUGAUCUGCUGGACCCGCAGAGAUGCCUGCUUGCACUGGCCUCUCUGCGACAUGCCAAAUGGUUCCAGGUCAGGGUAAGCGGUAAGAAGUCCUGUCUCAUAGUUCUGCGAAUUCUCAGGGAUAUAUGCAACAAAAGGCCAGCCUGGGAACCUCUCAAAGGAUGGCCACUUGAGCUGAUUUGCGAGAAAGCCAUCGCCACAAGUUACAGGCCGGUGGGUCCGAGCGAGGCUCUCCGAAGGGUCUUGGGGUGCAUUUCAUCAGGCAUCUUGCUUCCAGGUGGUCCUGGACUGCAUGAUCCGUGUGAAAAAGAGCAGAAGGACACUUUGACGGCCAUGAUGAACGAUCAAGCAGAGCUUCUUACCCAGACCGCACAGCAUGCGUUAAGGCUAGUUGCUUUUGGCCAGAUUCACAAGUUCCUACAGAUGGAUCGUCUUUCUCCACCUAAAUCCCUAAUGGAGCCAAAAUCAGCAGAUGGAGAAGCAGGGACAUCUCAGAAAAGACACUGUGAGGAGGAGACGCUAGAAGAAUCCAGAAGCAAGAAGAUUAAAGUUAUCAACAUCUCAGGUACUAAUGUUGGCUCAGUGACUGCUGAGGACAAAUCGGAUUGUUUGGACAAGGGGCAGGCUCUGUCCACAAGCUCUACUAAUAACUCUACAAAUAGCCCUUCUACCAAGGUUAAGAGUCAGGGUCCUGUCCUUACAGCCAGGGGUAAAAACCCAGUAAUGGAACUGAAUGAGAGAAGGAGAGGUCUGUCGUAUGACCUCAUCACAGAGAAUGGUGAGAGCCAACAGAGGCGCUUCAUCAUCGAGGUGGAAGUGGAUGGACAGAGGUUCCGAGGAUGCGGACCUAGUAAAAAGGUCGCAAAGGCAAACGCAGCUCUGGCAGCGAUAGAAAGGCUCUUCUCAGCAAACAGUGCUACCAGCAACAAAAGGAAAAGGCCCUACAUGAAGGUGAAUCCAACCACAGCAAAUGGGUUUUCUAGAGGGAAGAGAAGUGUGACAAUACCAAGGCCACUAGUUCCCCUUCUACCUACUACUCCUGCUUACUUUAGUCCAGGCUAUGCCCCUUAUGGUUAUGGUCCAGUAGUGCCACCACCAUACGGUGGUCUGUACUUUGACAGUGCCCUUUGCCCUCCGCAGACCAUCGCUCCAGUUUUUCUUCACCUUGGCCCGCAAGACUUCUGUUCCGAUUUUUACGUUUAACGUUCCGUCUGGUCUGGCCCAUAGGGCUGGGUGUGGGUGUGGGUGUCGGCUCGGGGUGGCACACGCUCUGACCAAGCCGGACAUCUCUUUUACUUCUGGUUGAUGAUGCUGGUGCUCAGAAAACUCUCACCAUAGAGUUCGUCAUCUGUCAAGCUCAAGAGUGCACAUUUGCCAUCAGGAAAUGAGGAGAAAUAAAGGAGGUUUUCAAUCUCCCUGAAUUUACGUGUUCCUUUGCAAACAGAUGUACCUACCGAAAUAGAUGCACAGUAAGCAAUAUAUCAGGACUCCUGUUAGCAAUAAUCAUGUGCAAUGGUGGUUAAAAAAAGGGGACAAUAUUCCCUAAUGCUGCUGGCAUUGGAGGCGGCAAGUGAAUGUAUAUUUGUAUAUUUGUAUUCAGAAUGUUUUAGAAUCAUACUGUAUUUAUACCAGGAACAGAUGCUAGUAAAUAGACCAGGGAUGAGGACAGUGUAAUUUGUUGGCAUAUUCCUCCAUACUGCUACACAUAGAUGAACCGACACCAUACUAUAAGCUAAAGUUAUUGUAAAAGAAAACCGCUAUACACAUAUUACAGCAUUUUUAUGAUAACCUUACACAUUUGUUUUCCUAUGAUGUUGAAAUAAUAGGAAUACAAGUUAUGUAAUGUGCAUUGGUGUAUGUUGCUAUUUAUGCACCUGUAACUGACUAUAUGAUGACGAUUAUUUAAUGCAAUUAAAUUUUCAGCCUCCGCAUUA